CAUCAAUUUUUUUUUUUGUGCAAGAAAACCGAAAAAAAGGAAAAAAAUUAAUUUUGGUUUUUAUAAAAAAAAGUCGCAGGUGAAACACCCUUUUGUAAUGCAAUUUAUUGACAAAACAUCUUAUUUCCAACUUUAAUUCUAAACUAUUAAACUCUAAAUUCCAUUGAGUGUAAAAAAUUUAAUACGAAUCCAAAUAAAAUACAAAUCCAUAAAAAUGACAGAGCGUGGGAGUCGUGGAGUUAACCGUGUUCUUGCCAAACUAGACUCAUCCAUCGAGUCUGGGCAUUAUUACGAAGCCCACCAAAUGUAUAGAACUCUAUACUUUCGUUAUACAGCUCAGAAAAAAUACGAAGAAUGCUUGAAUUUAUUGUAUGAAGGUGCACUCAAAUUGUUGGACAAACAACAACAGACAAGUGGCGCUGAUUUGUCACUACUCAUCAUCGAUACACUGGAAAAGCGGGGACAAUCUGAGGAUUUGUAUUCAUGGAUAAAUCGUGACGAUUUGAAUUCAUGGAUUAAUCGUUUGGGUAUACUAAUUAAGAAUAUUAGUGCUACAACUGUGGAGAGAGAAACAUUGAUAUGUCGUUCAAUCAAAUGGACCGGUGACAUAUCAAAGAACAAUUUGGGUCAUCCAGCAAUGCAUAGAACAAUCGCUCAGACUAUGUGGGCCGAAGGCAAUACUGAACAAGCACGUCAUCAUUAUCUUCUAUCGCGCGACGGAUUAAAUUGCGGACUUAUGCUAGUCAAACUAAGUGAACAAAAAGGAUUUGACAAUGAGUUGGAUUUAUUUAUUUGCCAAGUAGUAUUGCAACAGCUGAGUGUGUUGAAAGACAAAGAGACCGCUUUACUCACAUUCGAAACCUAUACGAAAUAUCAUCCGAAAAUUGCACGUACAGAGCCAGCGUUUAAAUUGCCCCUGCUGAACUUUACAUAUUUCCUUUUGAAAACAAUCGAUACUGGACGAUUGGCCAUGUUCAAGGUGUUAUGCGAGCUUUAUAAACCGUUACUAAUGAGAGAUCCAUCGUUUUUGAAAUACCUUAACAAAAUUAGCAUGUAUUUCUUUGGGGAAGCACCACCACCAUCACCACCGCAAAGCGGUAUGAUGGGUGGUCUUUUUGGUGAUCUAUUUACCCGUCUAUUUCAAGGCUUCGAAGAGGGCGACGAUGAGCCCACUGUUGUUGCACAGACCAACGAACUAGACUAGCAGUCGAAUUUUGAUGUUAUUUAUGUUUAUUUUUCUUUUCUUUUAAAUAUAAUUACUGGGGACGGUAAUAAAAAAUGAUGUUUAUUUUUAAUUUUAUUAUGAAACUACGAAAAAUAAAGGAAGACGAUAUGAUCGCUUGUGCCAGCACGGCCAUGCUUGAAA